CGCAGCGGGGCCGCCAUGGAGCGCUCCCUGCACCGCGUCUCCCUCGGGAGCCGGCGUGCCCACCCGGACUCGUCCUUCUACCUCACCACCUUUGGUCAGCUGAAGCUGUCAAUCGAUGCCCAGGACCGGGUUCUGCUGCUCCACAUUAUAGAAGGCAAAGGCCUGAUGAGCAGAGAGCCUGGCAUCUGUGAUCCCUACGUGAAGAUUUCUUUGAUCCCUGAAGAUAAUCGACUGCGUCGCCAGAGGACGCAGGCCGUCCCAGACUGCAGAGAGCCGGUCUUCCGUGAGCACUUCUUCUUUCCCAUCCAAGAGGAAGAUGAACAGAAGCGCCUUCUGGUCACUGUGUGGAAUAGGGCAGGUGACUCCAGACAGAGUGGACUCAUCGGCUGCAUGAGCUUUGGGGUGAAGUCCCUCCUGACUCCAGACAAGGAAAUCAGCGGCUGGUACUACCUUCUGGGGGAAGACCUGGGCCGGACCAAGCACCUGAAGGUGGCCAGGCGGCGGCUGCGGGCCCUGAGAGAUCCUCUGCUGAGAACUCCAGGAGGUGGGGACACUGAGAACGGGGAGAAAGUCAAGAUCACCAUCCCGAGGGGGAAGGACGGCUUCGGCUUCACCAUCUGCUGUGACUCUCCGGUUCGAGUCCAGGCUGUGGAUUCUGGAGGUCCGGCCGAGCGGGCAGGGCUGCAGCAGCUGGACACGGUGCUGCAGCUGAACGAGAGGCCUGUGGAGCACUGGAAAUGCGUGGAGCUGGCGCAUGAGAUCCGGAACUGCCCCAGUGAGAUCACCCUGCUCGUGUGGCGCAUGGUCCCCCAGGUCAAGCCAGGGCCAGACGGCGGGGUCCUGCGGCGGGCCUCCUGCAAAUCGACGCACGACCUCCAGUCCCCCCCCAAUAAGCGGGAGAAGAGCUGCACCCACGGGGCCCAGGCGCGGCCUGAACAGCGCCACAGCUGCCACUUGGUGUGCGACAGCUCUGACGGGCUGCUCCUCGGGGGCUGGGAGCGCUACACAGAGGUGGCCAAGCGCGGGGGCCAGCAUACCCUGCCCGCGCUGUCCCGCGCCACCGCCUCCACUGACCCCAACUACAUCAUCCUGGCCCCACUGAACCCUGGGAGCCAGCUGCUGCGGCCUGUGUACCAGGAGGAUGCCAUCCCCGAAGAAUCAGGUAGUCCCAGUAAAGGGAAGUCCUACACAGGCCUGGGGAAGAAGUCCCGGCUGAUGAAGACAGUGCAGACCAUGAAGGGCCACGGCAACUACCAGAACUGCCCAGUCAUGAGGCCGCACACCCCACACUCGAGCUAUGGCACCUACGUCACCCUGGCCCCCAAGGUCCUGGUGUUCCCGGUCUUCGUUCAGCCUUUAGAUCUCUGUAACCCUGCCCGGACUCUCCUGUUGUCUGAGGAGCUGCGGCUGUACGAGGGGAGGAACAAGGCUGUCGAGGUGACACUCUUUGCCUACUCGGACCUGCUGCUCUUCACCAAGGAGGAUGAGCCGGGCCGCUGCAACGUCCUGAGGAACCCCCUCUACCUCCAGAGUGUGAAGCUACAGGAAGGUUCUUCAGAAGACCUGAAAUUCUGUGUGCUGUAUCUAGCAGAGAAGGCAGAGUGCUUAUUCACUUUGGAAGCGCACUCGCAGGAGCAGAAGAAGAGAGUGUGCUGGUGCCUGUCGGAGAACAUCGCUAAGCAGCAACAGCUGAUGGCUUCGCCCCCGGAGAGCAAGAUGUUUGAGCCAGAGGCGGAUGAGAAGCGAGAGAUGCCCUUGGAGGAAGGGAAGGGGCUGGGUGCUGAGGACCCCCCACCCAGCAAGGACCCCUCUCCGGGCCAGGAGCCUCCUUCAGAACAAGACUUGUCACCCAACAAGGACCCCUCUCCUGGCCAAGAGUCACCAUCCAGCAAAGACUCAGCUUCCUGCAAGCAACCUCCUCCAGGCCCAGAGCCCCAGCCAAGCAAGGACGCCCCACCAUGCCAGGACCCCCCUGCAGCCCCGGCCCUCCCUCCCUGCCGGGACCUUCCUCCUAGGCAAGAGCCCCCUCCCAGCCAAGACCUCCCUGUCAUCCAGGACACCCCUGCUCAGGAGCUUGCGCCCUGUCAAGACCUGCCCCCCGGCCAGGUCCCCCAGCCAGCUAAGGAGACUGCAAGCUCUGGGGAACCCCCAGCAGCCACCAGGGACCUGCCUGUGGCCUCCAGGCCAAGCUUUGUGAUCCCCGAGGUCCGGCUGGACAGUGCUUACAGCCAGAAAGCCCGGGCGGAGGGGGGCAGCCUGGCCGAUGAGGAGGACGAGGAAGAGGCUGAGGAGGGCGAGGAGGGCGAGGAGGACGAGGAAGGAGAGGAAGACACGAGUGAUGACAGCUACGGAGAGCGCCGUGAGGCCAAGCGCAGCAGCAUGAUCGAGGCGGGCCAGGCUGAGGGCGGCCUCUCCCUGCGGGUGCAGAACUCCCUGCGGCGGCGGACGCACAGCGAGGGCAGCCUGCUGCAGGAAGCCCGCGGGCCCUGCUUUGCCUCCGACACCACCUUGCACUGCUCGGACGGGGAGGGCACCACGUCUGCCUGGGCCAUGCCUUCGCCCCGCACCCUCAAGAAGGAACUGGGCCGCAACGGUGGCUCCAUGCACCACCUUUCCCUCUUUUUCACGGGACACAGGAAGAUGAGUGGGGCUGACACGGUUGGGGAUGAUGAUGAAGCCUCUCGGAAGAGAAAGGGCAAAAACCUAGCCAAGGACAUGAAGAACAAGCUGGGCAUCUUCAGGCGAAGGAACGAGUCCCCUGGGGCCCAACCAGCGGGCAAGGCAGACAAAAUGGUGAAGUCAUUCAAGCCCACCUCAGAGGAAGCCCUCAAGUGGGGCGAGUCCUUGGAGAAGCUGCUGCUUCACAAAUAUGGCUUAGCAGUGUUCCAGGCCUUCCUUCGCACCGAGUUUAGUGAGGAGAACCUGGAAUUCUGGCUGGCAUGUGAGGACUUCAAGAAGGUCAAGUCACAGUCCAAGAUGGCGGCCAAGGCCAAGAAGAUCUUCGCUGAGUACAUCGCGAUCCAGGCGUGCAAGGAGGUCAACCUGGACUCCUACACACGGGAGCACACCAAGGACAACCUGCAGAGUGUCACCCGUGGCUGCUUCGAUCUGGCGCAGAAGCGCAUCUUCGGGCUCAUGGAAAAGGACUCCUAUCCACGCUUCCUCCGCUCUGACCUCUACCUGGACCUCAUUAACCAGAAGAAGAUGAGUCCCCCACUUUAGGGGCUGACAGGGUAGAGCUCCGUGUUCACACCAGGCGGGCUGGGCCCCCUUCCCACCUGCCUUUCUCCCUCUGCGACGGAGGGGGCAAGCAAGCCCCCGGAGGCUGCGUCUCCGGACGGACAAACGGACAUUCGGAUGAGAGGCCUGGACCAAGGGAGGCCCAGGCCACUGAAGGAGUAGAAGGACUGGCCCCGGUGGGUCCACACUGCCCCGGUACGAGGGGGCCCGAGGGCCCUGGCAGGUCAGGGGCCCUGGCUGAGCCAGAUCCGGAGCUGCUGUUCCGUGCUGCGUGGGCUCAGCAUUGACCAAGUUCCUGAAAGAACUGGCUGAUGGGGCAGGUGGCCUAGCUGUGGACUCCAGGGCUCUCCAGGGGGGCCGCUGGGGCUUGCAGCUCAGACCCCGUGCCUUGAGUUUUAUUUAUUUAAACAGUAGUCGGAUGCUUGGCAUGUCGUCCUGUAAUAGGAAAUUUUUGCCUCAUCGGUUUUCCUAAUUUACAAGUGCAAUAUUUUAACCAACGCCUUGUGAAAAAGCCACCUUGCUGAGAGGGUGGACACCACUUCCCAGUUUCAGGGGAUUUGCUGGUCCCAGGCACCUGUGGCGGGCAGCUGGGCCUUCCGGACUGAUGAAGCCUGGAGGGGUGGGUGCUGCCGUGUGACCUCGCACAGAAAUCCCACACUCCCCGAGGAGAGGUGUCCCUUAGGGGCUCUGGGAGAGCAUGGCACCCUCAGACCACACAGCAGUCGAGUUCUGGAACAAAUAAAAGGCCUGUGUUAUUUCUUGUUCUUGA